AUGGUAUAACCAUACAAAGUAAUCUCCCCUGAUGAUGAUCAUACAGAUCUUCGUAAUUUAAAACCUAAAAAGUCCCUUCCAAAAUCUGAAUAACAGAUGAGAUUUAAUUCCAGUCUUGACAAAUGUGGAGAAGUUACAGUUCCUUAAAACGACAGAGACAAGGGAAAAGAUUCUGAUUUACAUAUAUAUGCAUAAUAUUUAAAUAAUGAUUAAUUAUCUUUUGUAGCCUAUGCUGCUAAUUGUUAAUUUGUGUAUAAGGUAGGACCUUCUCAUGAAAUAGUUAUCCAUGAAAUGACUCAUGUUUUGGGUUUUUCACAACACUCUAUACCUUUAUGGAUAUAAUCAGAUAAAAGCUCUUAUGCUGAACCUACUUUCAGAUAAAUUUUAAGGGGAAUUGAUACUUUAUUUCUCAAAACUCCUCAUGUUUUAUAGUUUGCUCGAAAAUAUUUUAAUUGUCCUACUUUAGCUGGUGUGCCUCUUGAAAAUUUAGGAGGCCUAGGUUCUGAAAACUCACAUUGGAAAAACACAGUAAUCAAUAGUGAAUAUAUGAAUUCAUAUUAAUAACCUUUAUAAUCAUAUUUUAGUGGUUUUACAGCCAAUGCUUUAAGAGACACUGGCUUCUAUGAGGAAAUAAAAGAAUCUAUGGAAGAAGAAAUGUUCUAUGGGAAAGGAGCAGGCUGUCAACAUGUCACUGGUUAAUGUGAUUCUAAUAGAAAUGAAUUUUGUAUUCCUUCAGUUGAAAAAGAUUUUUGUGAUUUCUCUCAUAUUGGAGCUUCAAAUUGUAUUGCCGGUUAAUUUAAUGAAUCUAAUUUUGUAGUUCUAAUGGAUAAUAAGUGA